AUGUAUUAUAAAUCUAAAUUAAAUAUGCUAAACCUGACUGUCUGUGAGCUGAAAAAUGAUGCCGUAUUCUGCUAUACUUGGCAUGAAGGCGAAGGAGCCAGAGGCUCGUGCGAAAUUGGAACAUGCAUUUACAAAUACCUCAGUGAAAAAGUUAAAAAUUGCGAAAACGAUAUUGAAAUUAUAUUUUACUCUGAUAAUUGCAGCGGCCAACAGAAAAACAAGUAUUUGUUUUCUAUGUACUUAUAUGCAGUGGACAAACUGCCAAUUAAGUCUAUAACUCACAAUUUCCUAAUAAAAGGGCAUAGUCAAAACGAGGGGGACAAUGUACAUGCAAUGAUUGAGAAGCAGAUUAAGAAAUGUCUGAAGUCUGGACCAAUUUACCACCCGGCUCAAUACAUUUCAUUGAUCAAAACUGCAAAAAAAACUGGGAAUCCGUAUAAAGUCAAUGAACUAAGUCAUGAAGAUUUCUUGGAUUUUAAAGACCUAUGGGCAAACAUUGGAUGUAACUCUACAGUUAAUGUGUCAGGAUGUACUGUUGCAAUGAAUGACAUCAAAAUAAUUAAAGUUGAGAAAGAUUCUCCCUUUAAAAUCAAGUACAAGACAACUUAUGAUGACACAGUUGACUUUCAAGAAAUUUUCAUCCAGCAGAUUGAUAUUGAAGAAAACGAGGAUUUAUUCGGAGACAACAAGAAGAGUCACACUAAGAAGAAAACCAGAAGUUCAAAGAAGAAACAACAGGUUUUUCCUGUGCAUUGUUCAGAUGUUGCUUUAAAAAAAUUAUACGAGCAAAGACUGGGAAUUUCAGUUAACAAGAAAAAAGACUUACAAUACUUACUUGAAAAACAUGUUAUUCCAAGUUGCUAUGCACCAUUUUAUAACUCACUUUAAAUUUUUGCAGUAACGUUUGUGUUUAGCAACAAUGUUAUGUUUGUGUUAAUGAUUUUUAUUUCCAUUAGAAAAUACUUCUUUAAAUAU